AUGCCCUCGGCUUCGGCAUCUGGCUCUGACGCCAAACGCGGGGGUGCGACGUCGCGCGACCAUCAGCAGGGCAACCAGGAUCGCAAGUACACGGAUGACCAGAAAGCCGCUGUGCUUCGGAUCCGAAAAUGCCAGCCUACAGCAUUCUACGAAAUUCUACUAGUCGAGCGCUCUGCAACGGACAACGAGAUUAAGAAGGCGUACCGGAAACAGAGUUUGUUGACGCAUCCCGAUAAGAACGGGUAUGAAGGCGCAGAUGAGGCGUUUAAGAUGGUCUCACGGGCUUUCCAGAUCCUCUCCGAUGAGGAGAAGAAGUCCAAGUACGACAAAUUCGGCGGCGAUCCUGAUAGCAGGUUCCAGCCCGGACCGAGUGCUUCGAGCGGCGCAUCCCCCUUCAGUGGGUUCGGCGGUGGUGGUUUCCCCCGUGGUGGUGCGAGAUUCGACGAGGAGGUCUCAGCCGAGGAGAUGUUCAACCGGUUCUUCAACGGUGGAUUUGGCGGAAUGGGCGGUGGUGGAUUCGGUGGUCCGCAAUUCGUCUUCAACAUGGGAGGCGGCCCGGGUUUCCGAGUGCAUCAGUUUGGAGGCCAGGCACCCCGCCGCAGACCUCGCCCAGCAGCCACCGAGCAGGAAGCUCAACUCGAUGCCCGCAGUUUCCUUCGCCAACUAUUGCCGCUUAUCAUUCUAUUUAUCCUGCCGCUCCUCUCCUCUCUCUUCUCUGGCCCCUCGACCUCAUCCGGACCCUCCUAUCGCUUUGAUACCCCGUCUCCCCGCAUACACUCGGCCGCUCGACUCCGAAACUUAAUCUCAAUUACUUUUGCCCGAAACUUCCGAGAGCUAGACACGCGCGUGGAGGUGGAAUAUGUCAGGACACUGCGGAAUGAAUGUGACGCCGAAGCCCAUGAGCGGGAAAGAAGGCUGCAAGAAGCGCAAGGGUGGCUUUUCCCUGAUGUGGAGAAGAUGAAGAAGGCUCGUGCAAUGGAGAUGCCGAGCUGUCGACGUUUGGAUCAACUGAAGAUGAAGGGGAGAUACUAA